AUGCGAAGGUCUCCGCGGUCUACCCUACUUGGCUAUCUGCGUACCGUGAUUACCCCGUCAAUGAUCUUAUCAGCCAGACCGGACGGCCUAAACAUUCACCCUUGGUUCGACCCAAAGCGGACUGUCACGAUCUGGGUGGAUGCCUCUGUUUCUCCAGUUCUGUUGGCAGACUCUGCAAUCAGCAAGGAAGAGUCAAGACGCGGCUUCCACAUGGUGAUGAUCCUGGGAACCUUUGCAAUGCCCCCCCGUUAG